CCCCUCCUCCCGGAGGCUGCGGGCCGGGCCCGGCGGGACAGGCAGGCGAUUGCGGCUGGCCCUGCCCGCCCCGCGCGCCGCCGCGGCCGGCCGGGGAUCCCCUGCGAGCCGGGGAGGAGCCGCCGCCGCCAGACAGGCUGCGAGUCUCUGGGAAAGUGAAAGGGGGGCGGGGAGCGCGGGGGAGGCCCGGGGGUAAGGUCCCCGGCUCUUAAAGAGACCCGGCGCACCGCGCCGCGCUCCCCGCCGACCCGCUGCGCGCCCCCCCGCCGCGGCGGCCCCGCAUCCUGCGCCCCUCCCCAGCGGCCAGCAGGGCCGGUGGCCCGGCGGGCCGCAGUGCGGGCGGUCCCCCGCCUCUGCUCCAGAGGGACGGCCGCAGCAGUUCAAGCUCUGUAUUUGUAACAUCACACCAUUGUCUCCAUAUUGGACCAUUCUCAAGAACUCACAUCAGUUUUCAUACAGCUUAAAAGCAAGGGGAGAGGCGAAGCACAGAGAGCAGCAGAUCAGACCAUACUGAGCUCCCUUAGAGCGGCUGAGACCCGUGGAGGAUGCUGGCUGCCAAGUGGCUGAGGAGGUCCUCACUGUAAGGUGGGAAAGCAGGUCUCAGCGGGACAGCUUCCUCUGCUCCUGGGCUCACCAUGGCCUUCACUCUGGCUGGACGGCUGACGUGACUGUGUGCCGCAAGUGUGCACGUUGCUGGACUGGGUGCUGUCCUAGGUACUGCCCGCUCUCAGGGUCUGGGAGCAGGGCAGGUGGGCAUCAGAUGCUACCAAAAGCCGGACGGUGCAGAGCGAUGGACUCCGACAAGCCAAGAUGGAAGUGACCUGAGGCCUCGCCCAGGCAGUUUCCUCUUGCCAGGAUAGCUUAAGAGUUGGAGCACAGGCUUGUCUGGGGAGCAGUAUGCAGGAAGCUGAUUUUCAGGCCACAAAUGCUUUCACAGAGUGCAAAUUCACCUGCACCAGCGGUAAAUGCUUGUAUCUUGGUUCAUUGGUCUGUAACCAACAGAACGACUGUGGGGACAACAGUGAUGAAGAAAAUUGUCUCCUGGUGACCGAGCACCCACCUCCUGGCAUCUUCAACUCGGAGCUGGAGUUUGCCCAGAUCAUCAUCAUUGUCGUGGUGGUCACGGUGAUGGUCGUGGUCAUCGUCUGCCUGCUGAAUCACUACAAAGUCUCCACCCGGUCCUUCAUCAACCGCCCGAAUCAGAGCAGAAGGCAGGAGGACGGGCUGCAGCCGGAAGGGCGCCUGUGGCCUUCAGACAGCUCCGGGCCUCGGCCAGGGGCCUCAGAGAUCAUGUAUGCCCCGAGGUCCAGAGACAGGUUUACGGCCCCAUCCUUUAUCCAGAGGGACCGGUUCAGCCGUUUCCAGCCCACCUACCCCUACGUGCAGCAUGAGAUCGACCUUCCGCCCACCAUCUCCCUGUCUGACGGGGAGGAGCCGCCUCCUUACCAGGGGCCCUGCGCCCUGCAGCUCAGGGACCCUGAACAGCAGAGGGAACUCAACCGAGAAUCUGUGAGGGCCCCGCCCAACCGAACCAUAUUCGACAGCGAUUUGAUAGACAUUUCCGCGUACAGUGGGGGCCCGUGUCCGCCGAGCAGCAACUCGGGGAUAAGUGCCAGCACCUGCAGCAGUAACGGGAGGAUGGAGGGGCCGCCCCCGACGUACAGCGAGGUGAUGGGCCACUAUCCGGGCGCCUCUUUCUUCCAUCACCAGCACAGCGGCGCCCACAGAGGGAGCAGACUGCCAUUUCAGCAGGACAGCUCGGGGGGCACAGUGCUGCCCAUCCAGGGCAAAGACAGGAAGCCCGGGAACCUAGUCUGACUCCGCGGACGGCGCAGGAGGAGGAAGAAACCAAGGAGGGAGGAGAGCCGCAUUGCCUCCGCCCCCCGGCACGCUGUUGUUCCGUUUCACGUGCUACAACGAAGUAAAACCAAAUGUGCAAACGUGGUCUUUGUUUCUGAUUCCUUUCAGGGGAAUUGCAAGCAGACUAGACUGAAAUAAUACAAACUUCCAUCCGGUCUGACCGCGAACAGUGUUUAUUUGGGGACAGGCGUCAGGACGGGGUGGGUGCUGGUUUUCACCAAGGGUGGGCUUGGGAACACAGAGAAAGGGAUGCUUGGAAGAUAUCAUGAAAUAAAACCCACAGAGGUGUUUGAUUUAUUUAAUUAUGAAAGGAGACUUUGCAGAGAAAGAGGCCAGAAUGGCCCGUUUUAUAAUGAAUUGAUAAAAAAGGAUGCAUUAUUAUAUAUUAUCAUGGGGAAGUAUCGGCCAGUUUGCUUUUUCUCCCAAGGUGUGGAACUUUUAUUUUGUUUUAAAAAUAUGAUUCAAAAUCCCUGUUUUGUGUGCCAAGGUAUAAAGUGAAGAAGUUAGAUGAAUGCAAGGAGUUAAUUUGUGUCGUGAUGAUGUGUUUUUUUUAAAAGUUGCACUAUCUAAAUGUUUAUAUAUGAGGGGACUGUUCUAUGUGAAGUUCUGUAUGUUGUCUUCUCACCUGUGGAUUAUUAUUAGGCCCAAGGAAUACCCGGAGUGUUCCCCAUAAUCACGCGAGAAAAGAUGUUUGGGGAUAUAGCCUAACAUAUGCCAACUUACCUAAAUCAAGGAGGUCAUUACCGUUGCAAGAGUUUGGCUCACAGAAGCAUCUGGAGACUUUGCGAUUGGAAGAUAGGAAAGACUAAAUCCCAGCGUUUCUGACUUGCUGAGUUCCUCUGCUAGUCUUAGGCUGCAUAUUUGAUUAACUUUGACCCUGACAUGUGCAUUUUAUGUACCCGGUAUCACGCAAUCCUGCCCGUCCUCCCGCGGAGCAGUUUCUUCAGUAAUUUAGAGGGGUUUUUUUUUUGUUUUGUUUUUUGUUUUUUUUUUUCACUGUAGCAUGAAGUAUACUCAGAUACAUACAUUAUUUUACGCAAUAAAUUGUUUAAAAUGCAA